CCGCGGGUCGGUGCGGGAACGGGGCACGGAAAACGGGAUGGGAAACGCUCCCGGAGCCCCUCACCCGGCCUGCGCAGUAGCGGGGCCGCUCCGCGCGUUGGGUUUGCGCCCCUUGAAACGCUGAGUCUGAAAUGCGAGUUUUAGCGGGGUUGGCAGCUGUCCUAAUUCCCUUGCCUGGUAUGUGGGAUGGGGUCUGCUGUGACGCUGUGUUUAUAAACCUAAGUGGUUAGAGAGCGGUUUUUUAAAAUUACAGAAUAGUUAGGGUUGAAAGGGAGCUCUGGAGAUCAUCCGGCCCAACCCCCCCCCCCGCCAAAGCAGCGUCCCCCAGAGCAGGUGACACAGCGACGCGUCCAGGAUUUGGAAUGUUUCCAGAGAGGGAGACUCCACGACUUUCCGGGGGAAGCCUGCAGCAAUUCACCUGGCUCUUGGCAAGACAUCUGAUACUGCACCAGCGAAAUACUCUGUCCUGCAACAUUGCCUACAUAAAAGCUUGGCUGUCAUAAAUUAAACUUUUAAAAAAACUUAUUCCUGAAAAUGGAUUUUCGAUUUAAUUUUGCUGUUGAUGAAAAUGAGAACAGUGAGGCAGAUGCUCACUUCUUACUGCUGUGCUCUCCAGAACACAAACAGGAAUCGAGGGAGAAGAGCAGGGGAACUGCCAGUCUUGCAGCAAAGUCCAGCCCGAAGCUGGCUGCUGCUGAGCACCAGGAUGAGGCAGCUUUGAAGAAAAACCUCUGUGUGAAAGCUGCUAAGGAGCACAGCAUUCCCCAAGAUCUCAACAAAGUAUUGGAAAAUAAAGUCAUGGAGACAGUAUUGGACCUGUCUUAUGUAAAGCUGUCUGUAGUGGAAAUGACAUGUUCAGGUGACGCCGACAGCGAAGGCAUCGUGUCCAAAAGUGUGUCUUCCCACUCUGAUCUCAUCCCAGGAGUUUACGAAGGAGGGCUGAAAAUCUGGGAAUGCACCUUUGAUCUCAUGGACUACUUUUCUGAGGCUGAAAUAGAAUUUACCAACAAGACUGUAUUGGAUCUUGGCUGUGGAGCUGGAUUGUUGGGAAUUGUUGCUUUACAAGGUGAAGCUGCCAGAGUCCAUUUUCAGGACUACAACAGCACAGUGAUUGAUGAAAUAACCUUGCCUAAUGUGGUGGCCAACUGUGUCAAUGAGGGCAGUGGGAAGGACAGAAAAGCCAGCAAGCCUCCUUCAAAGAGGCCCAGGAAAGCAGAGAGCUCACCUGAUAUGCUCAACAGAUGCAGAUUUUUUUCUGGAGAAUGGUCUCAAGUCAGCCAGCUCCUGUUAAACAGCAACAAAUCCUGUUUGAAGUACGAUAUAAUUCUCACCUCUGAGACCAUCUAUAAUCCUGACUACUACAGUGCUUUGCAUGAUACACUGGCUCAGCUCCUGGAUAGAAAUGGCCGUGUGUAUUUGGCAAGCAAAGUGCAUUAUUUUGGAGUUGGUGGUGGUAUUUAUCUCUUUGAGAAAUUCAUUGAAGACAAAAAUGUGUUUAGAACCAGUAUGGUUAAAACAAUUGAUCAGGGUCUGCAGCGAUGCAUUAUGGAAAUUGCCUUUAAAAAUUCCUGUUAAAAUUAAACUACUGAUCUUC